UUUCAAGCAAUUUCAGUCACCCUCGCGGCUCGGCUUAUCUAAGCGCUGACUAACCGUUCAAACCCAGGCUCUGACGUCGCUAUUUUGAUGGGUAUGUAUAUGAAUAUAUUGAAGUCUGGCAACUAACUACAACUCUCGACACCGUCUUCGAUUUGUCGCUGUUUCAACAAUGGUGCGGAAGUUGUCUGACUCCUAUUCUUCCUCCGACGUUACAUCCAUCAACCUCACCCAUCUCCUUGCCCGCCUCGAGAACAACCUGCUAUCUCCUUCCGCAGAUCUCAAACUGCUACGUCGAUCUCCCUAUCACCGAGCUAGAGUUGGAGCUAACAUCGAAUAUGCGCGAACCCUAAUCCUGAAACUCGAACUCACCCUCCCGAACAUCAAAAUCCAAUCGCGCAAACAUGCUCUCCAGACUGAUCUUGCCCAGAAGCGGCAGCAAAUCAAGACUCUUAAAACCCAUCUAGACGAAAUUGCAGCCGCCGCAGCCGAAACGGAUCCAGAUACCCAGACCUUCUCGUCGGACAACGAGGAUGAUUUGCUACCAACACCAAAUGACAGUACCCCAGAUACAACAUCCCCACCGCCAACCAGAGGAGCAGACCAAGCAUCAACAAGACAUGAAGAAGUAGAAGAUGAGAGAAAAGGAGAAGAAAGCGAAGCAGAGGAGACCACCCAAGAACGAAGAAACGAUGAACAAGUUGUAGAUAAACCGCCAUCACCAUCUCCAACACAACCACGAGAGCCAUCACCAUCAAACACCUUCCGCGGCAGACACCCCCAUCACCACCGUUAUCCAUCAUCAUCAUCAGCCACCACCCCAACGGCCACAACAACAGGCACAUCCCUCCCCACCGCCACCACCACCACUAUUAGACCCCUAUUCCCCAACCGCCCAACCCCCACCACCUCAUCCACCCCCUCCGCACAAACCGCCCUCUCCCAAAACGAAGCCGAACAAGACACCCUAACCACCUCCCUCCUCGCGCUAGCCACCCAACUAAAAACCUCCACGCAGAACCUACACACGAGCCUCGAGUCCGAAAAGUCAAUCAUCGAGCGGGCGGCGGAGGGUUUGGACCAGAGCACGACGGGGAUGGAGGCGGCGGGGAAGCGGUUAGGGGCGCUGAGGCGCAUGGCGGAGGGCAGGGGGUGGUGGGGGCGUGCGUUGAUGUAUGUGUGGAUAUUUGGGCUGUGGGUUGUGGCGGUGUUGAUUGUGUUUGUAGGGCCGAAGUUGAGGUUUUGAAGAACGAGGGGCCGGGUUGGUUGGUUUAUGGGAGUUGGUUUAUGGAAGUGGGUGGUGCACUGGUGUAGAUUACUUCAUGCGGGGGGGGGGGGUAUGGGAUGGAUGGGACUUUACUCUAUCUCCUAUGGAAGCCCUAUGAACAAUUAUUCUUUAUUAGUUUUGUUUCGUUACGACUACUACUCGUCUAGACAGCCCUGGAGAUAUCGUCUUAUAUAACUACCACAUACAUACCACAUGUAUGCAGCAUGCCAGCGCAAAAAGACUUUAUUCGUUCGUUGGUGUGGCCCGUGGCCCGUGAUCCAUAAAGUACCCCAACUCACCCAUUACCCCCCCCCCACCCCAACAAACAACAUCCUCCCUUCAGGCCCAAUUACCCACCACCACGCCAACAACCCAGCUAUUACCACCACACAGUUCUUUUCCAUGCAAUAUUAUCAUUCUUAUCGGAUUUCAACAUCCUUCGCCGUCCCCAUACCAUCUCAUUCAUCCAUUUGUCUUUUGCUACCGCACAAUCCCUUUCCUUUCAUAAAACAUGUCGGGUAAUAACCCAUCAACACUAGGCCCCCAGCCAGUCAAAAUUUACUCCCGGAGCAUAGACUAGUACAAGAAGUUCAGCGGUGUGUAUGGAAACCAUAUUAGCACACCCAGCCCACCUAUACACAUAUCAGAUUGACCUCCAAAGGCAGAGCUAAGGUUCGAAAACAAGGCAAAUAGCGAAACAAAUAAAACAUACUCAAGUAAAAAAAAAAAAGAGAAUGAGAGAAACCCCAUGGUAUUUGAAGAAAUAAAAGAAAAUGGAAAUGGAAAUUCGAUAAGAGGGAAACCCAUAUAAAGUCACAAGAAAUACAGAAAGUUAAGGGGAAAAGCCCCAAGAAAAAAAGUAGGAGAAAAAACAAGAACACACGCACACACAGGUACAUAUCAAGGGAUAUAACAAGGGAAUUAGAAAGGGAAAUAAGGAAAUAAGAUAUCGAAAGAAAAAAAGAAAAGAAAAGAAAAGA